GCCGAGCAUCUUUCUCUUGCUGAUAAACGAAAACCUCACUUUCCCUUUCACGACAUGAUUCGAGGAAUUUUUAAUUUAUUUUUUUUUACUCCACUCGAACCUGUUUUUGUUUCCCCUCUGCAAGAAAAAGUAAAGUCUCAACAUUUGUAGGUGACCUGUGUUUCGUCUGCGCGCGUGCUUUCCCGCGCUACAGUCUGUCGUUGAACUUGUGCGACAACAACAUUGUUUCUGUUUGUCGUAUCCGUAGUUUAUCGAAAGUCAAAAGUCCGCCUAGUUCGCCUUUGUGAAGCCAUCUGAACUGAUUGAUCACAUCUUUCCGGCAGCUCGAGCAAUGAUACUCGUCAAAUUACCAGAAGAAGGGAAGGAGACUCAAUGGGGCAUUGUCGAAUUGCAAGGUGACAUUGUGUCACAAAGUGGCAAUGAUUUGCAUGGACAGUUCAUCGGAGAUCUUCACUACACCAAACAGGGGACACCUAUCUUCAUCAUAGGUCAUCAUAUUUUAACGGGUAAAGAAGUCUCAUUAGAGAAGCCAUUUGCUGUUCUCGAGCGGAAAAGAGGAAUACUACCACAGUGCUGUGAAGAAGACAAUCCAGAAAAAUCGGAAUUCAGGACUGAAUACCAAAUUCGAGCCAUAAUUAAAAAGAAACUGAUUUUCAAAGUUCGACCUAAACCUAUCAUAUCUAAUGUUUUAAAUUCAGUCUAAUAUUGAGUGUGUGUGGUAGUGAAUGUUGUAAAUAAGAUUGUUAUGGUAAUUAAAACUAUUUUCUAAACUUGCAUAAA